GACUUCAGCAGUGCUAUCAACUCCUGUAAAGGUUCUUAAAUUUCCAAAAACGUAUAUACUAAAUGGUUCACCAUACUUUAUGAAAACAAAAACAAACGAUAUUAGGAAAAAGAACGCAGAAUCAAAAAGGCAUUGUAUAGGGAAUU